GUAUUUCACACCUGAGAUGAAGGGGAGACCACCCCAAGUGUAAGAAAACGAAAUGCAGGGGAAUCCAAACCCCAGAAACAAAAUUCUCCUUCGCUUCGACCAGUGAAAAAAGAAGCAGAGUAAUUCAGCGCUCUUGUUACAGGCGGACCGGCGAAACCGUUGGCUCGCGGGUUUGUGGAUCUUCUCUUUCCGGUCCGAACCCAUGGAAGUAGCCUCUCUUGACAGUGAGCAAGUACCGGAUGGUGAGUGCAAUGAGAUCAUAACUGAUGGAGAUGGUGUUUUGACUGAAUCAGAUGUUCAAAAUGGUGUCAUUGAAGGAAGAAAGGAAUUUGUUUCACCUGCAGUGGGAAUGGAGUUUGAGUCUUAUGAUGAUGCUUAUAAUUAUUACAACUGCUAUGCUAAGGAAGUGGGAUUUCGUGUUAGAGUGAAGAAUUCAUGGUUUAAGAGGAACAGCAGAGAGAAGUAUGGUGCCGUGCUUUGUUGCAGCAGCCAGGGUUUCAAAAGAAUUAAAGAUGUGAACCGUUUGAGGAAGGAAACGAGAACUGGAUGUCCUGCAAUGUUAAGGAUGAGAUUAGUGGACUCCAAAAGGUGGAGGAUACUUGAAGUUACACUUGAGCAUAACCAUUUGCUGGGUGCUAAAAUGUACAAAUCGAUUAACAAGAUGGGAAGUGGAACUAAAAGGAAGUCACAGUCAAGUUCAGAUGCAGAAAAACGAACAAUUAAGUUGUACCGAGCACUUGUAAUAGAUUCAGGGGGCAAUGGGACCUCAAAUUCGAGUAUAGCAGAUAUCAGGACUUUUUCUGAUCAUCCGGAUCAGUUGAACCUUAAAAAAGGUGAUACACAAGCAAUCUAUAAUUACCUUUGCCGAAUGCAGUUGACCAAUCCUAACUUCUUUUACUUGAUGGAUUUUAAUGAUGACGGGCUGCUAAGGAAUGUGUUCUGGAUUGACGCUAGGUGCAGGGCAGCAUGUGGUUAUUUUGGUGAUGUGAUAUACUUUGACAACACAUAUUUGUCAAACAAGUAUGACAUCCCACUUGUGGCGUUUGUAGGGAUCAAUCACCAUGGCCAGGCAGUAUUGCUUGGUUGUGCUCUACUUGCUGGGGAGACAACGGAAUCUUAUACUUGGUUGUUCAAAGCUUGGCUUACAUGUGUAUCAGGACAUUCUCCACAAACCAUUAUUACUGACAGGUGCAAGGCUUUGCAGAGUGCAAUUGCAGAAGUAUUUCCAAGAUCUCAUCAUCGUUUUGGUUUAUCACACAUCAUGAAGAAAAUUCCAGAAAAACUGGGAGGGUUGCGCAACUAUGAUGCCAUCAGGAAGGCAUUGACUAAAGCAGUUUAUGAAACUCUGAAGGUGAUCGAAUUCGAAGCAGCCUGGAGGUUCAUGAUUCAGCGUUUUGGAGUCGGUGAUCAUGAGUGGCUUCGAUCUUUAUAUGAAGAACGGUUUUGGUGGGCUCCUGUUUAUUUGAAAGAGACAUUUUUUGCUGGAAUGGUGGCUGCACGUCCGGGUGAAGCCUUAAGUCCAUUUUUUGACAGAUAUGUACACAAACAAACUCCACUGAAAGAAUUUCUUGAUAAGUAUGAACUGGCUCUCCAAAAGAAGCAUAAGGACGAAGCUCUUGCAGAUAUCGAGUCAAGAAGCGCGAGUCCCACAUUGAAAACAAGAUGUUCCUUUGAGUUACAGCUUUCAAAAGUUUACACUAGAGAAAUAUUCGAGAAGUUCCAAUUUGAAGUGGAGGAGAUGUAUUCUUGUCUUAGCACUACACAGUUACAUGUUGAUGGGCCAAUCAUAAUAUUCUUGGUCAAGGAGCGUGUUGUCGUCGAGGGAAAUAGGCGAGAGAUAAGAGAUUAUGAAGUCCUGUACAACAGAACAGCAGGUGAGGUUCGUUGCAUUUGCAGCUGCUUUAACUUUUACGGGUAUUUAUGUCGGCAUGCAUUGUGUGUGCUUAAUUAUAACGGGGUAGAGGAGAUCCCUUCGAAGUACAUUUUGUCGCGAUGGAAGAAGGAUUACAAGCGUUUAUAUAUUCCAGAUCAAGGGUCCAGUAAUGUUGACGCCACCGACCGCGUGCAAUGGUUCAAUCAGUUGUAUAGAAGUGCCUUGCACAUUGUAGAGGAAGGUGUGAUUUCUCUUGACCAUUACAAAGUAGCAUUGCAAGCAUUCGAAGAGUCGUUGGAUCGGGUUCAUGUCGUAGAAGACAAGCAUGAAUGUCCUACUGAAAACACUUUACAAAGGUUCAGAAACAAUCGCAGUUUAGAAGAUGAAGAUUUGAAGAAGCUGAACAAGUUCUCGUGGGAGGUGGGCACUGAAUCCAGAUUUGAUCUUUGUUUGGUUUCUGAGAAAAUGAAGGAAAAUCUAGAAAUGGGUUGCUGCCCUUUUCGUUUUGUAAACUUUCAAAGUGAAAAGAAAAUAUGGGUUGCUGAAAAAUACCCAGCUGAAGCUGAAUUGGCUAGGAUUAAUAGAAAUUAUUUAUGCUUUUUUGUUAGGGUUCGGUAUCAGUUGGUGUCUUGGUUUCGUAUUGGUUGGAAGAUGGAUGAAGUUUCACUCAACACUGAGCCUGCGGGCCAGGAUGAUGCUGAUGAAUUUGAGAUUGAAGGAGACUGCGCAAUGACCGAUUUCAUCAGUCAAACCGGCAUUAUUCAAGGAGAGAACCCUCUCCCGCCGGUUGUUGGAAUGGAAUUUGAUUCGUAUGAGGAUGUAUAUUACUUCUAUAAUUGCUAUGCCAAGCAACAGGGAUUCGGGGUUAGAGUCAGCAAUACAUGGUACAGAAAAAGCAAGGAAAGAUACAGAGGAAAGCUUAGCUGCAGUAGUGCAGGUUUCAAAAAGAAGAGUGAAGCUAAUCGCCCGAGGCCAGAAACUAGGACCGGUUGUCCAGCAAUGAUAAAGUUUAGGUUAAUGGACUCCAACAGGUGGAGAGUUAUUGAAAUUGAGCUUGAGCAUAACCACUUGAUCAGUCCAGCCAGUGUAAAAUUUUAUAAAUCCCACAAGGCCAUAGGCGUUGGAACCAAAAGAGCGUUGCAGAUGGAUACUUCUGAAGACGUACAAAAGAUCAGGCUGUUUCGAACAGUGAUCGUUGAUUCUGAGGGUAAUGGAAGCAUGGAUGGUGAUGAAGGAGAAUCUGGGAAUAGAGUUGACUACUCCAGUCAGUUAAAGCUAAAAGAAGGAGAUGCCCAAGCCGUUCAGAAUCACUUUUCUCGGUUGCAAUUAGUGGAUCCAAACUUCUUUUACGUGGUGGAUCUGAAUGAGAAGGGAUGCUUGAGAAAUUUGUUUUGGGCUGACGCGAGGACUAGGGUUGCUUACGGUUAUUUUAAUGAUGUGGUUUCCAUUGACACGAAAUGCGUGGAAAACAAAUUUGAAGUCCCGCUGGUAUCAUUUAUUGGAGUAAAUCAUCAUGGGCAAUCGGUGCUGUUAGGUUGCGGUUUAAUUGCAAGUGAGACGGUUGAAUCCUAUACAUGGUUGUUUAGAGCUUGGCUUACAUGCAUGAUGGGACGCCCGCCGCAAGCCAUCAUUACUAGACAGUGCGGAACAUUGCAAACUGCCAUUUCUGAUGUUUUCCCUAGAGCUUCUCAUUGCCUUUGCUUAUCACAUAUAAUGCAAAAGGUUCCAGAAAUUUUCGGAGGAUUGUUCGAGUAUGAAGCAGUUAAAGAAUCUUUGAGUAGAGCUGUUUACUACUCUCUGAGGGUGGAAGAAUUUGAAGCAGCUUGGGAGGAUAUGGUCCAGCACCACGGAAUUAGAGAUCAUAACUGGCUUCAAGCGUUAUAUGAAGAUCGAAAGCGGUGGGUUCCGGUAUAUUUGAGGGAUAUAUUUCUGGCGGGGAUGUUCCCGGUCCAACCAAGUGAGGUUGUCUCUUCAUUCUUUGAGGAAUUUCUGGAUAGAGAUACUCCUUUGAAGGAGUUUCUGGAUAAGUAUGAUCGAGCUCUGCAAACGCAUCAUCACCUGGAAGCCUCGGCAGAUUUGGAUUCAAGAAACUCGAGCUAUACGUUGGAAUCGAGAUGCUAUUUUGAGCUGCAACUCUCAAAAUUGUACACUAAUGACAUUCUAAGGAAGUUUGAAAAGGAGGUGGAAGGAAUGUACUCUUGUUUUAGCACUAGUCAACUAAAUGUUGACGGGCCAGUCAUAACAUACGUAGUGAAGGAACAAACUGAAAGUGGUGGAAAUCGGAGGGAGACGAGGGACUAUGAAGUUUUGUAUAAUCAAUCUGAGAUGGAGGUCCUUUGUAUCUGUGGCAUGUUCAACUUGCGAGGAUACUUAUGCAGACACGCACUGUCGGUCCUAAACCAAAACGGAGUGGAGGAAAUUCCAGCUCAGUGCGUUCUUUCGCGAUGGAGAAAGGACAUCAAACGGAGUUACAUUUUCGAUCAUAGCUGCAGCGGCAUUGAUAUUAAUAAUCCAGUUCACAGGUAUGACCAUCUGUAUAAAUGCAUAGUGCAAGUCGUGGAAGAAGGGAGGAAAUCAGAAGACCGUUACAAGCUCGCACUAGGGGCGUUGGAUGAGAUAUUGAAAAAGCUUUGUCUUACAGAGGAUCCUGCCCUGUGAGACUCUGAGUGAUCAAAUUAUGUAGAAAUUGAAUGGUGUAAUGCAUAAAAUUAGGGCAGUCUGUGUGUAGCUGGAAUUUUGUGUACAAUAUAUCUAUAAAAGCAAUCUCUCUGCCAUUUUUCUGUUGA